ACACAUCACGGGUAUCCACGUUAAAUCAGUCCACAAAUCUGAUUUGUAACGGAGAGUUGGGCAACUUACACCGUUCUCAAAAUGCCACAGGCCAACAAAUCAUCAGGUAGUGAUUUUGAUACUAUAGAAAUCCAGAUGGAAGAAAACCAAUCGCUGGGAAGUGCAGCACAAGGUUAUCCGUACAGAUCAACAGAGAGAUACAACCCACCACAGCCUGCAAGAUAUUAUUACCAAGAACCGAAUGACGAUUGGGGCUGUUUCCUUGGUGAGACAAGUGUACAGCUCCGUGAUGGCCGUAAAGUCGCGAUGAAGAAUCUGAAGAUCGGAGAUUGGGUUCGAGUCGUCAAGCCGGACGGUAGGCUUGCCCUCAGCCCGGUCAUCGCCAUGUUGCACCGCGAGCCCGACAAGAAGACAACCUUCUUGCAAAUCUACGUCGAGGGGAAGGACGGGCCAGUAUGUCUGACCCCUGACCACCUGAUAUAUGCCACCAACAACCCACGGGGAGGCUUCGGGCGUCCUAUCUUUGCGAAGGCUGUAGAAGAGGGCAUGUCGAUCUUUCUGGCCAACGAAGAAAGCGGGAAAGUGGCCCCUGCCAAGGUGCGAGAGAUAAAAGAGAUGGAAUCAACUGGCUUUUGCGCGCCCCUUACUAAAGAGGGAACUAUCCUGGCGGAUGGGGUAGCGGCUUCCUGCUACGCCGUCUUCAACCACGGCAUCUCUCACAAGGUCUUCGCUCCGCUCCGUCGCUUGUACGGGCUGAAAUCAGCCAUGGGAAUUGGAGGGAAGGAGAAGGAGGUGGUUAAAAAGGGCGUUCACUGGUACCCCAAAGCUCUGAUGAACGUGAACAAGUUUUUGUCUUGGUUCCAUGUGCAGCCCGCUACAGCUGGCUAGCUAUAGCCAUGUAUUAAGGGGGCCCGCAUGUCCUUAUUCAGAUGAAUGGCCCUAAAGAUAGCUUAUGUGAUAUAGAAUGCAUAUCAGAGAGAAAUCCUUGCUGACCUACUAUUUCUAUGGCACAGUCUUACUAUUUUUGCUGUUUUAUUUCUUGAAAUAGAGCUGUUGUAGACGCGAGCUAGGCUAUGAUUGGUAUGUCCCGUACAAAAUCCCUGAAAUUAUGCUUGUUUUACUUCGUACGUUGAUUUUAAAAAUAUUACAAACAGAGCUUCUCUAGAAUUCACAAGAACCAGUUUGUUACUUAACAAUACAGUGAAGCACCCAGCUCAGUAUGAAGUUGGCUUAUGAAUAUUUCUUUCUUUUGCAACAAAUUAACAAGAUUUCGGUGAGCAUAGUGUUUUCAGUCAUACUAAGCAUAUACAUCAGAGUAAAAAUCCUAUUUCCGAUUCCCAGUUAGCUUUUUGUGUAAACAGGUGUUGGUAAGAUGUGUUGGUUACAAAUUGCAGACUGCUAAAUUAAAACCUUCGAGUUCGUACUUUGGUUAAACAGCUAACACAGUUAAAUGUUUGGUAUGCAACAUAGAUAAAUAAUUCUUUUCUU